AUGGCUUCUGGCAGUGGACUGUUGGGUCCUGCACCAAACAAUGCUUUCAACUCCAAUCCGAAACAUGGCCCCGUGAUGGGGCAAAGCGUGGUGUUGCCCAAGCCAGCUGCCACUGGCAUGGGCGGUAUGGCUGCAAUGGGCGGCAUGCCGGCCUCAUUGCAAGCAAGAUCACCUGACGCGAACCGCCUGGCACGGCUACAAGCGAUUCUGACCCGCUUUGAAGUCUCCAUCGCUGAGGCCAACGACCUGGCUGUCUUGGAAGAUUAUGAGAUCGUUCUAAUUUUGGACGAUUCUGGCAGCAUGAAUGCAGGUUCCAAACCUCCAGGCCAGCGGUCUCUCACGGAGGACGGGGCGUCCACUACAAGAUGGGAAGAACUGAAAGAAACUACGGCGCUUCUGGUGGAGAUUGCCUGUUGCUUCGACAAGUUUCUUUUCCUGUCCUUCCAUUCGGCCUUGUCCCAGGAGCGCCUCAGACCCACGCUUGGUCGCCAGCUUCGCAGCUCCACCGCGGGGCUCCACCCCUUUAACCGAGUCCCUCAGCACGGUGGCGUUACACUGCGAUGGUGA